AUGGAAGUCACCAAGAAAGUGGGGGGCCCUGAUCCAUCGGGCUCCCAGGGCCACCCCUCAGCUGGCAGCCAGCAGUUGGGCGGUGGCCCUAGAGGGUCCCAGGGACCAUGGAUAAACUCAGGAUCUGUAUACUUGAGGCAGGGGUUGUCACUGUCCACUGAGGCCAUCCUUGAUGGGGCCUAUGGCUCAGCGUCCCAGGCCCAUACCCACGAGCCCAGUCACCAGCAACUCUGGGACCCUGCUGAGGUUAGCUCCCAAUGUGGCUGUGAGCGGGCCUCCCAGGAUUCCCUGAGACUCUCCUCCACUAGCCCGUUUCCAGGCUCUAUCGUGGGAGCCCAAACACAUCUCGUCACAGAGAACAGGACCCUGGCUCUACCGGUGUGCAGGCGCAGUGACGGCACCAGUGACAUGGCCCAGCAUGGACUCUGCUGUUCCCGGCUUCAGGUGCAGAUGGCGGGGGAGGGCAAGGCUCCAGCUAAAGUCCUAGUAGGCUGGGGCAAAGGCCCCUGCAGCCCCAACCAGACAGCCCCAUUGGGCAUUAGGAAGAGCCGGUGGCUACCGUAUUUUCUUUCAGGGGAGGAUGGCUCAGCUGCAGCCCAAGGUCCUCUUCUGGCUCCAGCCCAAUAUCAGGGCCAGGGCCAGUGCCCAUGUCAGGCUCAGGCUCCUCCAACUCCAACUCGGGCAAAUACUCCAGCUCUGGAUACAAUCCCAAUGUCAGCAGCAGUUGAAUCUUACACCUGCAACCUUGACCACCUGAUGAAUACCAAUGCCAUCACCAAGGGCCUGUCCCAAGACCUCUUGCCCAGGAAAUGUGGCAACCAAUGGUCAAUCCAGUUGGAGUCUUCCAAAGGGGUCACAUCCUGCCAGGACAAAGUGAAUUUCCAUUCUCAGGAUGAGCCUGCCACCCCAGCACCCACUCCAAAAGAGUCCCCAGACCAGGCCCAGGAGCUCGAGGUUGCCCAAAGGCCGGUGUUACCAAGGCAGCCUGAGAACCAAGUGGAGAAGCCCAUGGUCUGUACCUCCAGGCCAGGCAGCCCCAAACCAGGCUCAGGGCCCCCAGAAACCCCCAAGCCCCAGAGGGGUAACCAGGAGAUCUGCAGCUCUCAGCCAGGUCAGCAGCCCCUCAAUGCUUGCAGCAACACCUGCUCCAGUGUGCCGCCGUCUGCCUACCAAGUAACCUGCCACAACUCCUCCCCAGUACAGCCUCCCAGGGAAGCCACGCAGAUACCCCCCUCCAGUGCCCCUACCUGCCAGCUCCAGGAUACUGUGGAACACCGUGUGCUGGUGUUUGAUAUGGCCACGGGCAACACCAGGAUGGGGCUGCUGUGCCAUGACCCCAUGGGCUCAAGGGCAGUGCUGGUGGGCCUCAUGCCCAGCCACCCAUCCAUCUAUGCCUCUGAAAAUACGCUGUCCACCCGGCCGUUGGCCAUGCCCAUCCUCUCCCCUGACAGCGAUGGCUCCAGCUUCUGGUCCACCACACCCAUGGGGUUUAGCCCCGUGCCCUCCAGCCUUUCAUCUGGAAGCUACCGAGAGGUGGCCCUGGUUCCCAAAGAGGCCAGGCUCAACCUGGAGUCACAAGGCUCCCCUGGUACUGAGACACCCAUCAGGAUGGGGAUGCUCACUGAGCGUGUUCCACUGGGGAUGCCCCUCCAAUUUGGAGAGAGGAUACUGAGCCAUGCCCAUGAUCCUGGCUGGUCCAAACCUGAUGCUGAAAAAAACGAAACUAGUCACACCAUCUGGAUGCAGGAUGCCUCCGGGAUGCAGCACACCUCUAUAGUCCAGGCCAAGAAACUGCAGUGGACGAACUCAGAGCAGACCCCAGAGUCUGUACCACCAGCCAAAAACCAGCAGGUGCCCAGACCCCUGCUCCAGGAGGAUGCAGGCAAUCACAAUCAGAAAGAGGUCAUUAUUGCUCACGCUGACAACCCUCAGGUCAAAGGUGCUGGGCACGCCCGCCUUGGUGGUCAGCCCCCACUAGCUGAGCAGCAUCCCCUUUCCAGGCAGCCCCCUUCGACCGGUCAAGCUCCCUCUGCAGAGCAGCGUCCCCUUACCAGGCAGACCCACCUUUCUGGACAGCCACCCCUAGCUGAGCAGCUUUCUCUCACUAGGCAGCCUCCCUUUUCCCAAGAACCCCCCAUCUCCAAUGAGCCCACUCUCUCAAGAGGUCCCCCCACCACUAGGGAGCCUGGUCAGGCCUCCACCCUGUGCCAGGAAGGUGAGCCAUUGGGCCGGCCUACCCAUGUGGGGGUACUUCGGGUGACCCCGGCCCCUGAGGAGACCUGUGUCUAUGUAAACAGAGAAAAUGUUGGUGUCAGUGCUGGUCAAAGCUCCAGCUCACAUCGGCUCUCAUCCUGGCAACCUGGCGGCUCCCCCAGGGAGCAGGAGGAGCAGCUUUCCCUGAUCACACUCACCACACCUGGUCCUGGCUGCAAGGUCUUGCCCAUGGCCACGGUGGGCACUGAGCCCCACGGUCCCUGGUUCAAGCUGACAGCUGAGGACAUUACACACUCGCCAGUGGUCUCGCAGCUUGGCCUUCUCCGAGGGGCCUGCUAUGAGCUGGUGCCCACCAUGGAUGUUCUGCCAGUACGGUCCCCAGUGCUCUGCCGCCAUUCACGGGGCCCCUACCAGGACAUGGCAGCCGUGGUGAUCGACACAGGCACAGGCUUCACCAAAUGUGGACUGGCUGGAGAGGACCACGUCCUCAGUGUGCUGUCCUCACGCGUCCAGCUGCUCCAGCAUCCAGUCCAGGGCCAGCCCAGGUACGCAGUGCCUGACAACCGAGAGGGUUCCUACUCGGUGCUGAAUCGAGGAGUGGUCUCCGACUGGGAUGCACUGGAGGUGCUGUGGCAGCACCUGUUCUAUUGCAGGCUGGGUGUGCAGCCCGAGGAGCUGGCUGUGCUUGUGGCGGACUCACCCACCUCACCACGCACCAACCGAGAAAAGGUGGCUGAAAUACUCUUUGAGCGUUUCCAUGUGCCAGCCAUGCAGACAGUGCAUCAGGCCCUGCUGGCACUCUAUGCUUAUGGGCGGACCACUGGGCUGGUGCUGGGCAGUGGUCAUGGCACCUCCUAUGUGGCACCCAUCAUCACUGGGGAUCUGGCCCCACUUGACACCUACCGGCUGGAUGUGGCAGGUGCUGACCUCACUGAAUACCUGGCUCAGCUGUUGCUGGCAGGUGGCCAGUCACUGUUCAAGGCAUGGCUGGUCAACCAGAUUAAAGAGGCCUGCUGCUAUGUGGCCAUGGACAUGACAGCUGAGAUGGCCCGUGCCCAGGCCCUGGCCCGGGUGGACUUUUUGCUUCCAGACAAGCAGGUCAUCACACUGGGCUCUGAGCGCUUCUGCUGCCCCGAGGCCCUCUUCCAGCCCAAUCUGCUAGGCCUCAAUCAGCCGGGCCUUCCACAACUAGCCCUCCUAAGUAUCAGCCGGCUGGAGGCCAAGCAGCAGGAGCAGCUGCUGGCCAAUGUGGUGCUGGACGGUGGCGGCACCCUGUUGAGUGGCUUUCCUGAGCGCCUGAGACAGGAGCUCGGCCCCGGUGCCACUGUGCUGGGCUCUCCGCACCGUGCUGUUGCUGCUUGGCUUGGAGGCUCCAUCAUGGCGUCCCGGGACUCCUUCCAGAGCCUGUGGCUCAGCCGCCAUGAGUACGAGGAGGAGGGUCCAUGGGCCAUCUAUAAGUACCAUCUGUGAGCACAUAAAAGUUCUUUCUGGUUCUGC